UGGAAAGAGCCUUAAUCAAGAAACUACUCUUAAGCGACCUGGUGAUACUCGUUGGGGCUCUCACUAUAAUUCUUUACUUAACUUGAUUAUCGUGUUUUCUGCUACAGUUGAUGUCGUUGAGAUGAUUGCCACUAAUGAUACUAGUUGUGGAAAGCGAGGGGAAGCACGUAUUUUGUUGGGAUCUAUGUUGACAUUUGAUUUUGUAUUCAGUUUGCAUCUCAUGAAAAAGGUAUUGGGUAUUUCAUAUGAAUUUUCAGAAUCAUUACAAAGAAGAGAUGAAGAUAUUGUCAACGCUAUGAAAUUAGUGAAAAUAAGUAAAGAACAACUUCAAACAAUGAGGGACAAUGAAUGUGAAUCAUUUUUAAGAACAGUUUCUUGCUUUUGCGAAAGAUACAAUAUUGAUGUUCCCAAUAUGGACGAUAUGUUUAUACCUCUAGGCCGUUCAUGGCGUAACACUCAAGAAAUUACAAAUCUACAUCAUUUUCGUGUGGAUUUCUUCUAUGCUAUCAUCGAUAUGCAAAUUCAAGAGUUGAAUGAUCGUUUCUCUAAGGUAAAUAGUGACUUACUCCUUUGUGUUGCAUGCUUGUGUCCGGAUAAUUCAUUCUCUGCUUUGAACAAGGAUAAGUUAAUUCAAUUGUGUGAGUAUUAUCCCAAAGAUUUUAAACCAAUAGAGAUCUUGGCAUUUGAAGAGCAAAUUCAGACAUAUAUUAUUGAUAUGCGCUCUCACAAAGAUUUUGAAGGGUUACAAGGCCUUAAUGCUCUUGCAAAAACCUUGGUUGUGAUGAAAAAACAUGAGGUGUACCCAUUAGUUUACAGGCUUGUAACAUUGGCGUUAAUUCUUCCAGUUGCAACUGCUACGGUAGAAAGAGUAUUUUCUGCAAUGAAGAUUGUCAAGAAUCGACUACGUAAUCGAAUGGGAGAUCAAUGGUUAAGUGAUAGUUUGAUUGCAUAUAUUGAGAGCGAUGUACUUGACAAUAUUGAUAACGAUAUAAUUAGACGACGUUUUCAAAGUAUAAAAAUGCGUAGGCUACAAUUGUAG